AUUUUUAAGAAGUAGGUACAUAGACUGUAGGUACAUAGUGACGUCAUCAUCAGGCGCCCUUAACAACAAGUAGAAGGAGCUCCAUUCAUGCUGGCAGCACCGACAGGUUUAGCAGAAUGGAUUUGCUGUAUGGUCCGCUGGGUUUGGGUGUGGUCACAGGACUGGGCUGUGGGCUCUUCCUCGGUUGGCACCUUCGUUCUCGCUUCGGCCCAGCAUCCAAAACCCUGAUGGCAGCGAUGGGGAACGGUGCAAGCGAAGCGAGCGUGAUGGGUGAAGGAGGCGAGUUUAAGAUGAUUCUUGUGGUCAGGAAUGACCUCAAGAUGGGCAAAGGAAAGGUCGCCGCCCAGUGCUCCCAUGCAGCUGUAUCGGCUUACAAACAGGUCCAGCGCAGGAACCCAGAGCUGCUCAAACAGUGGGAAUACUGCGGACAGCCCAAGGUGGUAGUGAAGGCCCCUGACGAGGACACUCUGAUUGAUCUGCUGGGUCACGCCAAAGAAGUGGGGCUUCCUGUCAGCCUGAUUCAGGAUGCAGGAAGGACACAAAUUGCACCGGGAUCACGCACAGUGCUGGGGAUCGGUCCAGGUCCUGCUGAUCUGGUCGAUAAAGUCACAGGAGAAUUGAAGCUCUACUAGAGUUCCUGCUCUCAUCUGAAGGACUUCCAGAUACUUUCUUGAUUGAUAAAUCUAUGCCAAGAGUAAAUAAAGUUGGGCUACCAUGUGUUUAUGUUUUUGCACAACAGAAUCAAUAACAUUUUUGAGAACAGUU